AGUACUGACAGCCAAUCUAAUUUCUUGAGGUCCAAGGCCAAUAUCUAAAUUUCUUGAGGAUAUCCCCCAAAUGUCAAUUACAGAUAUCCCCCAAAUGUCAGGACAGUACAGAUAUCCCCCAAAUGUCAGGACGGUACAGAUAUCCCCCAAAUGUCAGGACGGUACAGAUAUCCCCCAAAUGUCAGGACGGUACAGAUAUCCCCCAAAUGUCAGGACGGUACAGAUAUCCCCCAAAUGUCAGGACGGUACAGAUAUCCCCCAAAUGUCAGGACGGUACAGAUAUCCCCCAAAUGUCAGGACAGUACAGAUAUCCCCCAAAUGUCAGGACAGAUAU